AUGAAUUAUAUCGCUCUUUUUAGAUUGAUUUGUGUUUUACUAUUUGCUCACACUUUCACAUCAGGCAUGGAAAAAUUAAGAAAAUGGGAUAGCGAAGAGUUCAAAGACAGUUGCAUUGCUUUUCAUAAUUUUUUAAGAGUUGUUCAUAACUCACCACCAAUAAAAUGGGACCAUAAUCUGGAGGAGAAAAGUAAAGCCUGGGCUGGCCAACUAACGAUCCUUCAAACGCUAGAGCAUCCGCCAGCUGGCAAAUAUGGUUCGAAUAUAUAUAGUACCGGAACGAUUAACGAUAUUGACUUGCUUUGCUUGGAGGCUGUCGCAGUAUGGUAUAAAGAAAUAAGUGAUUAUGAUUUUAGUAAUCCAACAUAUUCAAAAGAAACAGGUCACUUUACACAGAUGAUAUGGAGGGAUUCAGAAAAACUUGGAAUGGGUGAAGAGGGCCAAACAGGUCAAAAUUUCUACGCUGUUGCAGAGUACGACCCACCUGGAAAUGUAGAUGGAGGGUAUGAAGAUAAUGUCCAAAUAGCACGCAAACAACCAACCUCGUGCAUAAGUAAAAUUGGAAAACAUCAUUAUUUUGAUAUGUUAAAGGAUGAGCUAAAGAAACACAAAAUAAAAAUCUUAUUUGAGGAGAGUGACAAACCUUGCGUUAUUCCCACAAAAAAUCAUACCAAAGUAUCCACCCAUACAAAUAAGGGUGAAACAGGAGUACCAGGGGGCUCUCUCGUCGGUUCUACGGGUACAAAAGAAAGCCAAACAACAAACCCAAACGAAAAUCUUAUUCUGGUCGAUACAGUAAGUGAGCCUGGUGUGCCAUCAAAUCAGAAUCCUGAAGUUGUAAUUGGUCAACCAAACCAAUUCCCUCAGACAAACCCAAAUCUUGUGUUCCUACCACAUGUUCUUUCUUUCCCGCAAAACAUACAACCUACUGAAGCCGCUAAGCCUGCGUUGGAAGUCGAAUCUCGCCCUCUGGCAUCCAUAAACAGUAGUUCUGUCAACUCAAUGACGUCUUUAAAUGGUAGUUCCAUCAACUGAACAUCGUCGUAUUUUUCCCAAAUGAUUCGAAUAUCGUCUACUGUAUUUUUAUAGCAUUGAAAUACGGAGAAGUGACAGUAGACUGAGUACUAUGUUAGUAUUUCAGAUUUUUAUAAACAAAUUAAUUGUAAAAAUGUCUUUGGAUCCAAAAAUACGAUAGCUGCUCCACAAAUAUGGGACCUUAUUGCAGGAAUUGAAAAGCUACCGCUAUGGAGUUUUCAAUUUUUUAGGAAAAUUAGAAUUAAUUUUUAGGGAAAAAAUUUCAUCGAUUGUUUUUCUUUUAUAGAACGCAAAAACAUAU